CGAUUGGUGAGAAGUUGGCAGCUGGGCGGGUCAUAAUUGCGCAGUUUGUUUGCUCGCCUGCGGCUGAAGUUUGGACCGAACUGAGCUGCCAAAGGCGAAGUGGACCUGCUGUCUAGGUUUAUAGGUACAGUUUGCAUGUGUGGGAGAGUCAGGAGAGGAGACAGUGGACAGGACUGGACUUUUGUCUUUAUUUUUUACACCUUUCUUUCCCUUUUUCUUUUCUUUUUGUACUGCUGCUGUUCUGGCUGCUUCUCCCUGCAGCGCUUCUCAGACUGUCAUUCACAAAUACUACAGCCUCCUCACGUGCUUUUCCUCAGACUGAACACUUAGAAAUUAGACAUUUAUUUCUAACUCUUAAAGUCGCUCAGGGAAAACUCACACUUUUAUUUUUUAAAAAACCUUUACUGAAACUUCUGGUUCAUUUAUUCAUAUUUUUGCGUCGUUGUGAUUCAGAACCAGAGAAGAACCGGCAGUUUAACAUCAGGGUCUACUGUAAAGUCUGCGGAUUUACCUUCAUCAUCAUCAUCAUCACCAUCAACACUGCAGGAUUUUACAAGUAAAAAGGCUGAUUGUUCACCUUUACUGAGAAAUAAACAAAAAUAAUGGAGGUUUUCUGGAUGUGUCUGCUGCUGGAGAUGGUCCUGAUGUCCACAGCUGCCAGAGGUCCUCCAAAGGUGUCAGAACGUGUGACCCAUCGUCAAAGCAUCCGCCUCGGCCGUACCCUGAAGCUGCCCUGUCCUGUAGAGGGCGACCCUCCGCCGCUCAUUUGGUGGACCAAAGACGGCCGUAACAUCCACAGGGGCUGGACCAGGUUCAAGAUUUUACAACAGGGUCUGAGAGUCAAAGAGGUGGAGAGCGAUGAUGCGGGGACGUACAUCUGCAAGGCCACCAAUGGCUUUGGAAGCGUCAACAUCAACUAUACGCUGAUCGUCAUCGAUGAUUCCAGCUCCAGAAGUGGAUCAAGAACGGCCAACAGUGACCUAGAACAUGCGCCAGAACUUGCUGGGAGGCUAGUCCGUCCACGGUUUACUCAGCCGGCAAAGAUGAGGAAGCGCGUCAUCGCUCGCCCGGUGGGCAGCUCAGUGCGUCUGAAGUGCACGGCGAGCGGGAACCCUCGACCGGACAUCGUGUGGCUGAAGGACAGUCGUCCACUGGCGGAUGAGGACAGUGGAGCCGGAGGAGAUGGUCAGAAGAAGAAAAAGUGGACUCUGAGUUUGAAGAACCUCACACCAGAGCACAGUGGGAAAUACACCUGCCACGUGUCCAACAGAGCGGGGGAGAUCAACGCCACCUACAAACUGGAAGUCAUUCAACGUACCAACUCCAAACCCAUCCUGACUGGAACCCACCCUGUAAACACCACCGUGGACUACGGCGGAACCACGUCCUUCCAGUGUAAAGUCCGCAGUGAUGUCAAACCAGUCAUCCAGUGGCUGAAGAAAGUGGAACCUGGUGAUGAGAACAAGUUCAACUCCACCAUAGAAGUUGGGGAUCACCGUUUUGUUGUUCUGCCAACUGGAGAGGUUUGGUCCCGUCCUGAUGGAUCAUACCUGAAUAAGCUGCUAAUAACCAGAGCGAAGGAGGAGGACGCCGGCAUGUACAUCUGCCUGGGAGCCAACACUAUGGGCUACAGCUUCAGGAGUGCUUACCUCACAGUCCUCCCAGAUCUGAAGACCCAGAGCAACUCCAUCCCCACACCUACGUCCCAGAGUCUUCCUUGGCCUGUCAUCAUUGGAAUACCAGCAGGCCUCGCCUUCAUUUUAGGCACCGCUCUCCUCUGGUUCUGCCAAUCAAAACGCACCUGCUCCUCCUCUUCCUCCUCUUCACCCUCAUCCUCCACCUCUUCUGCGUUACCCGCCGCUCAACGUCCUCCUGGAGCUAACCGAGAGAGGACUGGUGCCGGGUUACCUCCUCCGACAGCCAAUGGGGACAAAGACUGCCUGUCCUAUGAGGACUACGUCACACAUCAGCAGCUGCUUCUGGCACAAGGGGGCGCUACCCAAAAGGUCUACCCUAAAAUCUACACUGACAUUCACACACACACGCAUUCACACGUGGACGGCAAAGUGCAUCAGCACCAGCACAUUCACUACCAGUGUUAGCAUCGAGGCUGAGGCUCUGUCCUCUCGUACGUAAGGA